GGUACUUUUUGAAAAAAAUUUUUUGACGCACUUUUCAAAAUUUUGCAAAACCAAAACUUUUUAGGCGGUUUUGUGUAUGGAGCGUUACUAGCCUCGGGGUCACUUUUUUACCAAAAAACCACUAUAUAUCAUUCGAAAGGUAAUUUCAAGGGCUACAAAAAAUUGUUCUACGGCACCCCCCUCCGACGUCUAGUAUUCGAGUUAUUGGCCAAAAACCGCAACUAUAGCGGUUUUUCGUACAGGGUACCCGACUCUAGUAAAAAAGUGAAAUUUUUCUCGAUUGACCAAGUGUUGCAAAUGAUCAUCGGAUUUCACUUUUUAUGGUCUAUAGUGAGUUCUGAUCACGAUUUGGUACUUUUUGAAAAAAUUUUUUUGACGCACUUUUCAAAAUUUUGCAAAACCAAAUCUUUUUAGGCGGUUUUGUGUAUGGAGCGUUACUAGUCUCGGGGUCACUUUUUGACCAAAAAACCACUAUAUAUCAUUCGAAAGGUAAUUUCAAGGGCUACAAAAAAUUGUUCUACGGCACCCCCCUCCGACGUCUAGUAUUCGAGUUAUUGGCCAAAAACCAUCACUUGAGCGAUUUUUCGUUCAGGGUACCCGACUCUAGUAAAAAAGUGAAAUUUUUCUCGAUUGACCAAGUGUUGCAAAUGAUCAUCGGAUUUCACUUUUUAUGGUCUAUAGUGAGUUCUGAUCACGAUUUGGUACUUUUUGAAAAAAUUUUUUUGACGCACUUUUCAAAAUUUUGCAAAACCAAAACUUUUUAGGCGGUUUUGUGUAUGGAGGGUUACUAGUCUCGGGGUCACUUUUUGACCAAAAAACCACUAUAUAUCAUUCGAAAGGUAAUUUCAAGGGCUACAAAAAAUUGUUCUACGGCACCCCCCUCCGACGUCUAGUAUUCGAGUUAUUGGCCAAAAACCAUCACUUGAGCGAUUUUUCGUUCAGGGUACCCGACUCUAGUAAAAAAGUGAAAUUUUUCUCGAUUGACCAAGUGUUGCAAAUGAUCAUCGGAUUUCACUUUUUAUGGUCUAUAGUGAGUUCUGAUCACGAUUUGGUACUUUUUGAAAAAAUUUUUUUGACGCACUUUUCAAAAUUUUGCAAAACCAAAACUUUUUAGGCGGUUUUGUGUAUGGAGGGUUACUAGUCUCGGGGUCACUUUUUGACCAAAAAACCACUAUAUAUCAUUCGAAAGGUAAUUUCAAGGGCUACAAAAAAUUGUUCUACGGCACCCCCCUCCGACGUCUAGUAUUCGAGUUAUUGAGGAAAAACAGUUUAUAGUUAAUUUUUCACUCGAUUUUUCACCAAGUAUCGCACAUUACUCCGGUUCUAUACAUUGGAUCGUCUAUCUUUAAGAUUUUAUGGGUAGUUCCAACUGUUUGCUACAUUUCAUCCGUACAUCACAAAGCGAUUCAAUGUCUGUGCUAGAAGUUAUUAGAGGGAUAAAAAAAAAUUACCCUUGGCUUUGCCCCGUAAAAUUUUACCCAUUUUGCCACUUUGGAUCCUUAUAACUCGGUCAGUUUCCAAUGGAUCUUCAAUUGUAGCACAUAUUUGGAUAGAUCUGGUCAUUAGCUACCAAAAGUUAUUCUACGCCGAUGUGCUAAGUUGUCUGUGGAAAAAGUUAUUCGAGGUACAAAGACUUAACAUUUUCUCAACUUUUCCAAAAAAAUCCUCAUUUUGCCACUUUGGAUGCUUAUAACUCGGUCAGUUUCCAAUGGAUCUUCAAUUGUAGCACAUAUUUGGAUAGAUCUGGUCAUUAGCUACCAAAAGUUAUUCCACGCCGUUGUGCUAAGUUGUCUGUGGAAAAAGUUAUUCGAGGUACAAAGACUUAACAUUUUCUCAACUUUUCCAAAAAAAUUCCUCAUAUUGCCACUUUGGAUGCUUAUAACUUGGUCAGUUUCCAAUGGAUCUUCAAUUGUAGCACAUAUUUGGAUAGAUCUGGUCAUUAGCUACCAAAAGUUAUUCUACGCCGAUGUGCUAAGUUGUCUGUGGAAAAAGUUAUUCGAGGUACAAAGACUUAACAUUUUCUCAACUUUUCCAAAAAAAUUCCUCAUUUUGCCACUUUGGAUGCUUAUAACUCGGUCAGUUUCCAAUGGAUCUUCAAUUGUAGCACAUAUUUGGAUAGAUCUGGUCAUUAGCUACCAAAAGUUAUUCUACGCCGAUGUGCUAAGUUGUCUGUGGAAAAAGUUAUUCGAGGUACAAAGACUUAACUUUUUCUCAACUUUUCCAAAAAAAUUCCUCAUUUUGCCACUUUGGAUGCUUAUAACUCGGUCAGUUUCCAAUGGAUCUUCAAUUGUAGCACAUAUUUGGAUAGAUCUGGUCAUUAGCUACCAAAAGUUAUUCUACGCCGAUGUGCUAAGUUGUCUGUGGAAAAAGUUAUUCGAGGUACAAAGACUUAAAAUUUUCUCAAUUUUUCCUAAAAAAAUCCUCAUUUUGCCACUUUGGAUGCUUAUAACUCGGUCAGUUUCCAAUGGAUCUUCAAUUGUAGCACAUAUUUGGAUAGAUCUGGUCAUUAGCUACCAAAAGUUAUUCUACGUCGAUGUGCUAAGUUGUCUGUGGAAAAAGUUAUUCGAGGUACAAAGACUUAACAUUUUCUCAACUUUUCCAAAAAAAUUCCUCAUUUUGCCACUUUGGAUGCUUAUAACUCGGUCAGUUUCCAAUGGAUCUUCAAUUGUAGCACAUAUUUGGAUAGAUCUGGUCAUUAGCUACCAAAAGUUAUUCUACGCCGAUGUGCUAAGUUGUCUGUGGAAAAAGUUAUUCGAGGUACAAAGACUUAACAUUUUCUCAACUUUUCCAAAAAAAUUCCUCAUUUUGCCACUUUGGAUGCUUAUAACUCGGUCAGUUUCCAAUGGAUCUUCAAUUGUAGCACAUAUUUGGAUAGAUCUAGUCAUUAGCUACCAAAAGUUAUUCUACGCCGAUGUGCUAAGUUGUCUGUGGAAAAAGUUAUUCGAGGUACAAAGACUUAACAUUUUCUCAACUUUUCCAAAAAAAUUCCUCAUUUUGCCACUUUGGAUGCUUAUAACUCGGUCAGUUUCCAAUGGAUCUUCAAUUGUAGCACAUAUUUGGAAAGAUCUGCUCAUCAGCUACCAAAAGUUAUUCUACGCCGAUGUGCUAAGUUGUCUGUGGAAAAAGUUAUUCGAAAAAGUAGCUUCUAAUACUUUGAAUGGCUUAUACGAAUUGCCUACCUUCAGGCUGAUUUCUCGCGAUUCGCAUUUCAAUUUCUAUUUUUGA